AUGAACAACAAUAUUGUUCAAGCUGAAGAGGAAAAGAAAUUGGGGAAUGAUUUUUUCCGAGAUAAGAAUUUUCUUCAGGCCCUUACUCACUAUUCCAAGGCUAUUGAAUUGGAUCCCAACAAUUCUGUUUAUUUAGGAAAUAGAGCACAAACGUAUAUUCAGAUGGGAAAAUAUCGCGAAGCCUUGGAAGACGCAAACAAAUCACUUUCAUUAGAUAACAAGUGGUACAAGGCUUAUUCAAGAAAAGCUAAAAUUCUUUUAUUAUUGACUAGAUUUGAAGAAGCUAAUACUGUUUGUAUAUUGGGAUUACAAAAUUGUAAAAGAGUUAAUGAUGAUGAAGGAAGAAAAAUAUUGAAAUCUUUAAAGGAAGAAGUUAAGAAAGCACUUGAAACCAAACCUAAAAAUGGAAUAGAUGCAUUUGUUGAUAGUGUUUCAUCCCUUCCUAUUGACGAACCAGCUGAUAAGUUAUUUUCCAUCACUGAAUCUUCUUUGAUGUUACCAAGUAAUUACAACAGUUUUAAUUGGGUAAAGACAUAUGGAUGUUUGAAUGAAAGAGACCUUCGUCAAAAGUGUAAUGAAUUACUUGACGGAUUAAUGUCAAAAUGUAAGAACAAUCAGCCAACAAAGGAAGAAUCUGAGGCCAUAACACUAAUGGUUUGUAAUAGAGAAUGUUUUUCAAGAAAAGCGAUGAAUGUUUCAAAUUUAGAUCAGUUUUUUGUUACUUGCCUUUCCUACAGCGAUGAUCUUUGCGAUGAAAAUUUGAAACCUCUGCUCAUCAUGUUUGGUAACAUUUUCUUUCUUAUGGAUCCAAUUACAAGACAUAGAUUUGAAGUAUCACAAAAGGUUAAGGAAUUACUCAACGAUUUAAUGUUUGUGAGAAACAAAAGCAAGAAAUAUUAUACAAUUUCUGUAUUAGGUUUUAGACUAUUUUAUGCAGUAUUUCAAAACAAGUUUUGGCCAGUUAUCAAACAGCUACAGGAUUUCCAUAUUGGUAAAUUAUGUAAUAUAUUCUUACAGGCAAUCAGAUUUUCAAAAAAGGAUACUGAAUUUCACAGUGCUUCCUGUUAUCUUUAUUCUAAGUUAUUAUUAGUUGAAGACGAAGAUGUAGACAAAAUUGUUUUAAUGACUCAUAAAGGGCUCAGUAUUGUACCUGAUGUAAUCAAAAGGAUAGAUUCACAUUUAAAGGAAUAUGGUCCAAAUACUGUUGAAGAAAGAGUUAUUUCAGAUUUUCAAAAAUAUUUCCAAAUAUUGUUGGAUAUUUCUGUUGAUUUUGCAUACAAAAUGCAUGAUCUUGGAGUCGUAGAUGUUUGCAUGCCCUUUAUUACAUUAGAUUCACAUCACCAAAAUUUGGAAAUGGCUCUAAGUACGCUUUCAUGGUGUUACAAAAAUCAAACAGGAAGCUUUAGAAACAUGUUGGAGAAACAAUAUCAAAUUUUAGACAAGCUAUAUCCAAUAUUUAACAAUUACAAGAAUGAGUCAAUCGCAGUUACAAAAGCGUGUAUGGAUAUUUUCAAUAAUUGUUUCGUCUUUCAAUCAUUUCAAUCUAGAAUUCCUUUCGAAAAAGCUAAAGAGCUUGCAUUUACUUGUAUAGCUAAUUUACAGUUUCGUUUACCACCACCUGUCAAGAUUAUAAAAGAGGAAGAACAAGGAUUAGUGAAAUAUUCAGCAGCUUUGGUGAUGUAUCUUGCGAAUAUCAAAGAUCAUGAAAACAAGUCAAUUUUGCACUACAUAUUAGACAAAACAAAGGGAGGAUUUUUAUAUUUCAUUGACAUUGCUAAUUUAAGUCAAUCACACAUAUUAUCAAACCUUACAAGUUUUAUAGUUUCUCUAAUUGUAUCAUAUCCCAGACUUAUUGUAGACCCACAAAUUGGAAAUUCAACGUCAUUUACCAGGUAUUUAAAUUGGGCUCAAGAAACUGUCAAGUCUGGAGAUCCUUAUCUUUCUCCAAAUUGUAUGAACCUGUUAUCAAUACGUGGAGCAAUUUUAAAAGGUGCAAAACCUCCAAUUGGCUUUUCGUAUGCUAAGGCUGAUACUGAUAUUGAUAUUAAUAGAGAAAUAGUUGAGUUUGAUAAGAACAGAUGUGAUUGUUGUGGAAAGAAGGAGAAGAAAAAGAAUUUACUUUGUGGUUAUUGUAAAAAAGUUAAAUAUUGUGGACAAGAUUGUCAAAGUAUUGAUUGGCCAAUUCACAAAAUCAACUCAAUUACAACUGGUUUUGUUGAAAUUAUCAAGUGUGAAAAUUCCACAAUUUUAUUGAACUCUAAUUGUUCAAAUAAGAUUAAGACUUUACAAUUAGAUACUUUGAAUAAUUGUGAAAUUGUAUUUAUUGUAACUGAUCAAUUGGCUUUAACUAAUGAUUUAUUGAAUAGUUUCUGUAAUCAAUUGGCAAUAGUUUCGAAUAUUGAUUGUCAAAAUGUUAAAUUUAGAUUAGAAACUGAAAGUGGAAUUAUUCUUUUAGAUUCAUCUCUUGUCUAUCAAUCAGUUGAUGAAUCAAUUUUACAAGAUAAUAGAAGUUCCAUUCAAUUUGUUUCCAGAUUUGUAAAUUCCAAAAAUGGAAUUAUUAUGAGUACAGAAGUUGCAGUUCGUGAAGGUUGUGGAUAUGUCUCCACCAAAUCAGAAAAGGCUUUCAAAGAUAGAAUUCAACAAGAAUUUGAAAGAAGAAUGGAAAAAUUCAUCAAUGAAAAAGUUCUCUCAGGUCAAGAUCCACAAGAAUUGUUAGCAAAAAAGGAAAAAUCAAUUAAGAAAUCAAAAGAAAUUCAAGAAAAACUCAAAGCAAAGAGAGAACAAUCAUCUAGUACUACUUCUGGUAAUUUCCUCGAUCAAAUUAGAAAGUUCAAUUCUUCCUCAUUAACUCAAUCAGAAACUAAGGAAUCUUCAUUAUUGGAUUUUGUUGGUGAUAAUGAUCAAAUUGAUUUUGGUAAUAGAAUUCUUCCAAAGAAUAAUGACCACUCUGAUAUGAUUAAUUCAAUUACAGGUGUUCCAGAAGAUAUUCGUGAAUUUAUGGAAGAUGAAAUGACUCUUAAAGAAAAAGCAAGUCAAUUGGCACAAGUUUUAAAGAAUUGUAAACAUUGUACUGUUUAUACAGGUGCAGGUAUUUCAACAAGUGCUAAAAUUCCAGAUUAUCGUGGACCUAAGGGAGUUUGGACAUUGAAAAGUUCAGGAAAGGAAAAUGAAAUUGCCAAAAUUGAUAUUGAACAAGCAUUACCAACAUUUACACAUUAUGCUAUUAAGCAUUUAAUCAAAUUAGGUUUUGUGAAAUAUGUAGUUUCUACCAAUGUUGAUGGAUUACAUCGUAGAAGUGGGUUGACUCCAGAUGAAUUAUCUGAAUUACAUGGAAAUUGUUAUCGUGAAGUUUGUGCUGAUUGUGGAAAGGAAUAUUUGAGAGGAUUUGAUGUUUUAAAGACAGUUCAACGUCAUACUACUCACUUGACAGGAAGAUUUUGUGAAUGUGGUGGAAAACUCAAAGAUACAAUUAUUCACUUUUCUGAAUCUUUACCUGAAAAGGAAUUAGACAAUGCAAUUGACCAUUCUAAAAAGUCUGAUUUAUCACUUGUAUUGGGAACUUCAAUGAUGGUUAAUCCAGCUGCUCAACUUCCAAAAAUGGCAUUGAAAAAUAAGGGAUCUAUUAUGUGUAUUGUAAAUUUACAAAAGACACCAUGUGAUAAUUUAUCUGCAUUGAGAGUUUUCUCUAAAACUGAUGAAUUUAUGAGAUUGGUAAUGGAAGAAUUAGGUGAAUUGGAUAAUAUUGAUUCUGAUUAUGAUGCUCUUGCUCAAUGGUAA